UCAUAUUGUGCAAGAUACCUCUUUGCUCUUAACAUUACCUAUGAAUCAUAACUGGCCACGUAGAAGCUGACAUUUGACACACCCCAGCUGAUACAUCAAUCAAACAACAAAUUGUCACUAAUCACAUCAACAAUGUACUGUGAAAUCCCAAAAAAAUCGUAAAAACAGUAAAAAAUCCAAAAAUAUAUGAUAAUUAACUAGUUCACUGUAAGAUAUAUGCUGUAUAUAAUACAAGAUGUCUCAUACAAGUAAUAUUACUCUUAGUGAUGGAACGGAAGACAAGUUGGAAAGUAUACGAGAAGAACAGAUUUCUCCAACAGCUUCUACUGUCUCUAAACCGAUUGCUUUAGAAGACUUAAAAAAAGAUAUAUCAAAAUGUACCUGCAAAAGAUACUAUGAGAUGGUGAAAGAUUCAGUAACUGCUGAAAGACUUGAAGAGAUUUUAAAGGAGAAGGAAGAAGAACUACGGUCGCAUUACGAUCAAAUAUUAGAACGAGAGAGGGAAGCAAUUAAAGAACGAUUUGACUUCAUUUUAUUAAAUGAACAAACACGCGCAUCUUAUAUGCUUCGUGAAGCACACAGAGAAAGGCAAGAAAAAAUCAGGGCCUUACAAACUCAGUUACAGUGUAAAAACUUGGCAGCUUUGAUGUAUGUCAUGUGUACAGAAAGACGGAGAAGUAGACUAGAGAAGCUGAGGAUUAUAAGAGAUUACAAAAAUUACAUUGAUGAACUACAUGAAAUAUUGACGGAGGGUCAGGAAUUAAUUCUUUAUCUAUCGAAAGGAUACAAAACUGCUGCAAGAGUAGAUCACGAAUGGAGGGAGAAGAUGAAAAAAGUUGUUAAACAGUUCAUGGCAUUUAUCUACAACUACACGGGAGGCACCCCGGAGGCCAACCAGUACCUGAUAGAUCUGCCCAAACUGCUGAAGAUCGAAGCUCCCAUAGAUGUGAACCCUGAGGAGGAUCCUUGUGAACCUGAGGAGGAACCGGAGCAGCCUGAAGCCGAUGAAAUAUCUCGAGAACUGGAAUGGUGGGAGACGUCAGAUAAGGAUUGCAAAGAGCGUCCGUUUGUGAUGUUCGGUGACAUGGAAGACUUCACUCCUAAUCAGAGGCGACAGGUCCUUAAAAACGCCAAACGGGAUAAGAACGCCAAGGCGCAGAAGACCGCGCCCGGAAAGUGGAAGGAAUAUGCUUUCAGAACCAUGUUCCUGAAAUCGAGAUGUUGCAAUUUGGGCCAAAUAAAAGAUAUGUACGCGAACAAACUGCCGCUCCCCACCAAAUUCGAAUGUAUGAGUUACACGAAUGGCAAUGGGAAUGACAAGGAUACGAUGAAGGGAUCCAAAUUGUCAAUCUCAGGGGCUCGUGGAGGAAGUGUAGACAUACGAGGGAAUAUGGGCUCUAUUCUAAAGAUCAUUACAUCAGUGCCAAAUGCUGCGCCAGUGAAUGCGAAGACAGAACUCCUUGGUGCUAGAGACUCUAUGGAGAUCACAUCCACCACCAGACUGCGCGAACGCGUUUCAAUAAAGCCAACGGAGAAUCACCCUAAGACCAAAAUUCUUAACAUUGGAAGAAAGCGAGGUUCUGUCUUUGAUGUACCGGAUGAGGAAGAAUUGGUGGAGAAGCCUGUCUCGUCAUUACAUCCACAUACACACGACGUCACCUAUGAAAAUAUAGAUCAAUUUGAAACGGAAUCGAACCUAGGAAGUAUUCAUAAUGACAGUCUGCAAAUGAUAAAUAAUCGAGUUCCUGAUACAGAUCGCAAAAUAAACUAUGAAAGGGUGUGUCCCAUGGAGAAGUGUCAGCGGAUGCAAGUGGACUCCUUCAUGAGGUCGCUGCCUCCAUACAUGAGGGCCAAUCCCUUCACACUCUUCGAACAGAACUUCGACCAUUACGAGACUUGUUCACCAGAACAACUGGCGAUGUUAAAAGAACGUAUUGAACAUAAGAAGACCAAGGAGGUCGACAAUACAAUUGAGACUGAAGAUCCGAUGGAGGAGUGGGUAGGACAUGGCAUUGCUGUGCAGACGUCUGAAGGGGCCUUGGACCUGCCUCCCUGCACGUGUCAUGUGCCCAGUCCUUCGCCUGCCUCCACCGAUGUUGUGUUUAAUGUUCAAGAUUUGAUCCCGAUAAAGCAAGCAAUGGACGCUAUUCACCGUGAAUGUUUGUACGACGAGAGAAUCAACUUCGACAGGUUCAAGCUGAUCGGACAGGAGAGCAGGUCCCUUUUACAAGAAGAAAUAGACAAAGAAAACGAAAAAGAAUUCAAACAAGCAAGAUACGACGAUAUAAAGAAAAUAUUGAACCAACACCCCAGUCUUUUGGACAUUUUCCAGGCUAACGUGAAAUAGUUCACUCAUUAAAAAGCACGUCUCAUGUAAACAAUUUAUUUCUAAAUCUGCAGUAACAAACAGACUAAAACCUAAUAAAAACAUUGAA